AUGUUCAAAGUGGCGUUUUGCAUGAUUGCUCUGGCAGCAGCCCUUGCUCUGGCCGCCCCGGCCGCCGACGACGCAUCGGCCAACAUCCUGACGCACGAAUCGCGCCUUGAACCCGAUGGUGCUUACUCUUACCGAUACUCGACGAGCAACGGCAUCCAGGCUGAGGAGAGCGGCAUCGGUGGUCAGUCCGUGCAGGGUUCGGCCUCGUGGGUCGGUGAUGAUGGUGUGCCAAUCGUCCUGACUUACACCGCCGACGAGAAUGGAUUCCACCCACAGGGCGUCCACCUGCCAACUCCGCCACCCAUCCCAGACUACAUCCUGCGGGCGCUGCGUUACAUCGAAGCGAAGCAGGCGAGCCAGAACGGACGCAAAUAG